CAUGCGCCUUAACCACGCAGCCAUCUCUCCAGCCCGCUAUUUGGUAUUUUAGAAGAUGAGGUAAAUAACUGAUAGUGCCUCGUUCUUACUGAGGUACUGGGGAAUCGGUGUACUAAGCAGGCACUCUUACCACUGAACCAUGUCCCUAGCUCAUAGUAGGUCAUUCUUAAUUGAGAUUUUUUUUUUUUUUGAGACAAGAGUUUCAUGUAUUUCAGGAUUGCCUUGAACUAGCUGUGUAGACAAGGCUGACCUUGAAGUCCAGAUCCUGCCUCUGCCUUCUGAAUGUUGGAAUUAGAGGCAAGCACCACCACACGCGGUUUUGUGCAAGGAUGGCACUGUUUUCAUAGAUGGGAGGUUAGCACCCUAGUACCUGCUACACCCCAGCCCUUAACUGAGUUUUAAUCCUUGCUGAGCCACUUUGAAGCAACAGGAUUUUGGGUGAAUUAACUUACUUUUGAGCCUUUGUUUAACCUUCUGUAAAAAAAUGAGGAAGGAAUAGAACAUAGCUUAUAAGAUUAAUAACAGCAUCUGAUACAAUAUCCCAUAUAAAUAUUGUAGUCAAUACAGUCAUUGCUACUGUCAAACAUAAUGGUCAUUUCAUUUAGAGAUAGCCCUUUCACUCAUAUCUCAUCUGUGCAAUCCUGUGCAUUCUGUAGAAAGUUGUAGACACUGGUUCACUGGUUAUAGGGAGCCUUUUGGACCAUUACCACUUAUGAAAUUCACACUGUCCUGGAAGAGAUAGUCUACUCCUGUAGCACUAAACAGGUACUCUACCACUGAGCCACAUCCCCAGCUCUUACUAGGUCAUUCUUAAUUAAGGCAGUAUAUUCCUUCAGCAUUGAAAUUUUGUCAGGAUUUAGGAGAAUCUUAAGGCAGCCAUUUGGCUUCUCAAGAAGACUUCUGAUAGAAUGUUGGAACUCCACUGACUCGGCCUCUAAGCGUGCAGUGGCGUGGGCACCACUGGCACAGAAGCUCAGGAAAGCAGCCUGCAUUUUCCCAAAUCAGAGAAAAGAACUCUCAGCCAUGCCAGAAACAGAAACAAGUAAGGGAGAUUCUCAGUUAUUUUCACCACCUUCUGGUGUUCGAGGAAUGACCAAACUUGACAGAACAGCGUUCCAAAAGACAGUCACUGUUCCAGUACUUAAAGUGAGGAAAGCCGUGGUGAACGGGCUGAUGCGAGUCCUGAAGAGAGCAGCCCUGCGGCGCCCUGGUAUAAAGCGUGUGAUUGAAGACCCAGAGGAUGAAGAGAGUAGGCUCGUUAUGUUGGAUCCCUACAAAAUGCGUACUCAUGAGUCCUUUGACAAAGAGGAACUCAGUGCUUUGAAACAACUUAAUGUCAGUCCACAGCUAUCUGAAUAUAAUUUGGAGUUGACUUAUGAAAACUUUAAGUUAGAAGAAAUUUUGAAAGCUGUGCUUCCUGAAGGUCAGGAUGUGACCUCAGGGUUCAGCAGAGUUGGACACAUCGCACACCUGAAUCUUCGAGAUCAUCAGCUACCUUUCAAGCAUUUAAUUGGACAAGUUACAAUUGACAAAAAUCCAGGAAUCACCUCAGCAGUAAAUAAAAUCAAUAAUAUUGACAGCACAUACCGAAAUUUCCAAAUGGAAGUACUAUCUGGAGAAGAGAACAUGAUGACCAAGGUUCGAGAAAACAACUUCGCUUAUGAAUUUGAUUUUUCAAAAGUCUAUUGGAACCCCCGACUUUCUACAGAACACAGCCGUAUCAUAGAACUCCUCAAUCCUGAGGAUGUCUUAUUCGAUGUUUUUGCUGGCGUUGGGCCCUUUGCCAUUCCAGCAGCAAAGAAAAACUGCACAGUGUUUGCCAAUGAUCUCAACCCUGAGUCCCAUAAAUGGCUGUUGCACAACUGUAAACUAAAUAAAGUGGAACAAAAGGUGAAAGUCUUUAACAUGGAUGGGAAGGACUUCCUCCAAGGACCAGUCAGAGAAGAGCUAAUGCAGCAGCUGGGAGUGUCCAAAGAAGCAAAACACUCAGUCCACAUUGUCAUGAAUUUGCCAGCGAAGGCUAUAGAGUUUCUCAGUGCUUUCAGAUCACUCUUAGAUGGGCCGCCAUGCAGCAGUGAGCACCUCCCUGUCGUGCACUGUUACAGCUUUUCCAAAGACGUCACUCCUGCUGAGGAUGUUCGCCACCGAGCUGAAGCUGUGUUAGGCAUUUCCUUGGAGGCAUGCAGUUCAGUUCACUUCGUAAGAAAUGUGGCCCCGAACAAGGAAAUGGUCUGCAUCACCUUUCAGAUUCCUGCUGCUACACUCUAUGAGAGCCAGACUUUACAUCCAGAGAAUCAUGAAGAUCCACCUCUAAAACGGCAGAGGACAGAUGACGACUUUUCAGAAAAAAACCCACAAAUUGCAUCAAAACCUUAAUCUGAAUUUUUUUCCAUCUAACACUAGAUUUUAUGUAGGAAAAUAUAAUUUGUAGGAUCUCAUAAAUUUUUAGCAUAAUUAUUUUCCUUUGAACUGAUGUUUUGGCCUUAUAAAUUGAUCAUUACAAAUUAAAGUACUAACUGUA